UGUUCUCCACCCUGCAGUAAUGGAUCGUUGUGUCGAACUUCCAACAGCUGUCUGUACAGGAAAGGUUUUCAUGGCAUCCGCUGCCAAUUCACCAGAAUUUUAGGUCCUGAGGGAGGCGCUCCAGGAACAUCCUCUCAUCCAGCUGGUCAACCUGAACACACAUGUUCUGAUCGAAAGCCGUCAAACAAUGGAAACUUUGCUCCUCUGAAGAAUGGAAGUUUGGAAUUUGAAAGUCAAGGAGCAGAUCCAGGAGGGGUUACCAAAAUGAUUCUGACACCAAUAGAGAACCGAACCACUCCAGGAAGCGUGGGUCUGAUAAGGACAGAUCCAGAGAGGCAAAAAACUGUUGAGGAACAAGAUGUUCUGGAGCUGAAGACCCAAAGUAAUGAAGGAAAAAGGACACAAAGAUCUAAAUCGCUGGAGCUGAAAUUAAGUCUGGGAGUUCAAACAGAUGAAGGUCUGACGGAAACCUCAGAGAGGAGACCAGAUGAGAAAAAAGGAGGAGCAGAGGAGAUGAAGAGGCAGGUCCCGAGUUUGAGGGAGGCCCAGUCUGUCCUGCUGAGGAACACUUUAUCGCAAGGAGGAAGAGGAGGCAACAUGGCCGCCCUGUUGAUAAAGCAUAUAACCAGAGAGAAGAGGAAGCUACAUACUUUGACCUCUUCAUACAACUCUACAUCCUCUUCAAUAAAAACCAGCAUGAAGACUUUUCCCAAUCAGAGGGGCAGGUACAGCCUCCACCUAUCUGCUCCCAAAGUUCUCUGUCCUCUGAUCUGUAAGAACGGAGGCCUCUGUCUGCAGAAGGAUCGCUGCUUAUGUCCUGCAAACUUUACCGGAAAGUUCUGCCAGAUUCCUGUCUCACAUUUAGCCGCCAGGUCCGGAGACGCCAACGAGGUGGUCAAACCUCUGCUGCUCUCUGCCACGGCAGCCAAUCAGGAGCUGAUGCAGUCAGAGUUCCUGCUGCCACUUGGGCAGAGCCGGGCGGUGCCACGGUCCACAGAAGCGUCAGACCCCCGCAUGGUGAAGGUCAGAGUUCAGCACCCCCCCGAGGCCAGUGUGAAGAUCCACCAGGUGAUGAAGGUUUCUGGCUCCGUUCCCUCCCUGCGGUCCCUCUCCUCCUCCUCCUCUUCGGGUUCGGCCGGUGCUCCUGCUCCGGCUCUGCUUCCAGCAGGUGCCGGAAGAAUCCAGGCCCAGACUUUGAGGGGCGGUGGAACUUACAACCUUCAGUCUGACUUCAAAUACUGCUUCAGAGAAGUCAAAGAUGGACAGUGCAGCUCUCCUCUCCCUGGUUUGAGGAGCAGGGAGGUGUGCUGUAGGGGAGGUGGGAAGGCGUGGGGCCUCACCGACUGCACUCUCUGUCCUGAAACCCCAGGUCGAAGCAACAACAGCUGUCCUGUUGGCUUCCAGCGAUCAGCUAAUGGAUCACAGUGUGUCGAUGUGAAUGAGUGCCACCAGCCGGGGCUGUGUGAGAACGGCCUCUGUGUGAACACCAUGGGGAGCUAUAGCUGUGUGUGUUGCUUGGGGUUCAUCCUCGAUGCCACACAUGGAAUCUGCAUAUCACAAAGUGUGAUAUCAGAGGAGAAGGGUCAGUGUUACAGAGUCGUGGGCGCAGGUCUGGGUCCAUCUUCCUGCUCCUUGCCCAUAGCUCGAAACAUCACCAAGCAAAUCUGCUGCUGCAGCCGAGUCGGUAAAGCCUGGGGACCAGACUGCCAGAGAUGUCCUUACUUUGGUUCAGUUACCUUUAAAGAGAUCUGUCCAGCCGGUCCUGGUUAUCAUUAUUCAGCAUCCACUCUGCAGUUCACUCAAAGAGCUGAUGCUGAGCAGGCAGGGCGAGGAUCCCUGCCAACAUCCCAGGACAACACGGGUCCAGAUUCACAGCUUUCCUCAGGGUCCAGAGGUGGUGGAACCUCUCACUCUCUGCAGAGACCCAGCUUCUCUGGUUCACCAUUUUCUACCAGACCCAAUUCGCCUCAGCCUGGCCUGAAUGCCGGUUCCUCGUCUUCCAGACUAGCGCAGCCUGCCAGCUCUGCAGCCAGGGCCUCCCAGGAGAGACUGGACACCGAACAGGGACGGUCCAACCCACCUCCAGCCAGACCAAAGCUUUUCUCAAGUGAUAAUCAAGCUGCCAAUCAGCCUUCCACUGGAUCCCAAUCCGACCCGUCACCAGGACGAGGAGACUCUCUGCCGCCUCAGACCUCAGAGCGUGGAUCCAGACCUGGUGGAGAGCUCCCUGUCCCAGAGAGACAACCGGCUGUGGUCCCAACGAGACGUCCAAGCAGAGUCCAGAUUGUUCGUAGUGUGUGUCAGAGCAGGCCAGGUGUGUGUGGGCGGGGCCGCUGCCUGGACCAACCGGGUGGGAAAUACACCUGCGAGUGCGAGGAGGGAUACCAGCUCAACGAUCAGGGAACCCUCUGUCACGAUGUGGACGAGUGCCAGCAAAAUCCCUGCACUAAUGGCCGCUGUGAAAACACAGCAGGAAGCUACAGGUGUGCCUGUCACCGUGGUUACAGGCUCAUUGGGAACACCUGUGAAGAUGAGGACGGGUGCCGACAGAAUCCCUGCAGUAAUGGCCGCUGUGAAAAUAUAGCAGGAAGCUACAGGUGUGUCUGUCAUCGUGGUUACAGGCUCAGUGGGAACACCUGUGAAGAUGUGGACGAGUGUCAGCAGAAUCCCUGCACUAAUGGGCACUGUGAAAACACAGCAGGAAGCUACAGGUGUGCCUGUCCUCAUGGUUAUAGGUUCGUUGGGAACACCUGUGAAGGUAUGGAAGAAAAGUUGGCUCUAUUACAAGAGGCCAGUAGUACGCCUACCAUAUAUGUGGACGAGUGUGUGGAUCCUCUGCAGUGCCCGGGUCAGGAAUGUAUUAACACUCUGGGUUCUUAUCGCUGCUCAUCCUGCCACGCAGGAUUCGGGUUGCUCAAUGGGAUCUGUACAGACAUUGAUGAGUGUCGGCGGUCUCCAUGCUCCAAUGGCCGCUGUGAAAAUACACCUGGAAGUUUUCGCUGUGUUUGUCUCAAUGGUUACCGGCUCAAAAACAACACCUGCACGGAUGUCGAUGAGUGUGCUGAGCCGUCUCAGUGUCCUGGACAGAUGUGUGUGAACUCUGUGGGAUCCUACAGGUGUGUGUCUUGUCGACAAGGAUACACGCUAACCAACAGACAGUGCACAGAUGUGGAUGAGUGUGCGAGUGCCGGAGCAUGUGAAGCAGAGCAGGUAUGUGUGAACACUGUCGGCUCGUUCAGAUGUGACUGUCGUCCCGGAUACCGACGCUUUGGCCUGGGAGGACAGUGCAGAGACGUCAACGAGUGUUUGGAAGGGGACUUUUGUUUCUCUAGAGGGGAGUGUGUAAACACACCUGGGUCAUACACCUGUGUAUGCUCACCUGGAUUCACACUAAAUGAAAACAGGACAGCCUGCCUCGAUGUGGAUGAGUGCAUGAGGUCUGGUGUUUGUUCGGAUGGUCGUUGUGUCAAUACUGAAGGUUCCUUCCAGUGUCAGUGUAAAACUGGCUUCAUCACCAACCCUGAGAAGACCGCCUGCCUCGAUGUGGAUGAGUGUGCCUCUGCCAGUAGUUCUGUUUGUGUGUCGCAGCGAUGUGAGAAUACGAUUGGAUCAUACCGCUGUCUUGCUUCCUGUCAGGCAGGUUAUCAGGUGGCUCCUGAUGGCAGCUGUGUAGAUGAGGACGAGUGUGUGUCUCAGCCAGGUGUCUGUGGUUCUGCUCGUUGUGAGAACACCAAGGGAAGCUUUACGUGUAAAUGUGAUGGAGCAGCAGACAUCUUUGACUCUUCAACCAGACAGUGUCUAAGCUCUGUGGGAACAGCAUCCAGGACAGAUCUUGAGUCGAGACACUAUUCCUCUGCUUCUUCUGGCUUUGAAGUCAGAACAGUGGACGUUGCUGUGGAGCUGCAGCCAUCCUCGGCCCCUCAGCUCCCUGUGCUUCCAGCAGCCCGACCCGGAGAGCUGAGGGACUGUUACUACAACCUGCAUGAACAAGCUUCCUGCAGCCGGCUGACCGCCAACAUCAGCCAGCAGGAGUGCUGUUGCACCAUGGGGGAGGGUUGGGGGCUGGGCUGCCAGUAUCUUACCUGUCCUCCUGAAGACACACCCGAGUUUCUGUCCCUGUGCCCCAGCGGGAGAGGGUAUGUGACAGCGGGAGCGGGAGCCUUCGGCUACUCAGAUGUGGACGAGUGCAAGCGUUUCCAUCCGGAGGUGUGUAAGAAUGGAGUAUGUGUCAACAACAUCCCAGGAUACAGAUGCUACUGCUCCAGUGGUUUUAUUUACAACAGCGCCCUACUGGAGUGUGUCGAUUAUGAUGAGUGUGAGGAGGAGACCUGUGUUGGAGGUGUGUGUGUGAACACUGUUGGUUCGUAUCACUGCAGCUGUGCUCCUCCGCUGGUCCUGGACGACACUCAGAGAAACUGUGUGAACGCCUCCCACCUUACUGUAGAUGAGAACCUGUCCGUGUGCUGGCAGCAUGUUAGCACCGACAUGCUGUGUCAGAGUCCUCUUCUCGGAGGUCAAGUCACAUUCAGCGACUGCUGCUGCUUAUACGGGCAGGGCUGGGGAAUGGGCUGUGCCCUCUGCCCCCGCACUGACUCAGAUGACUACGCCACUCUGUGCAUUUCACAUUCCCCUGGAAGGUUCCCAGGAAGGUUCCAGGACAGAUCAGAAACCGGACCAGGACGAGGAGCUCCUCCAUAUAGUCCGGAGUACUUCCCUCCAGAGCCGCUUCCUGAGAGAGAAUAUGAUCCUCUUGAUUAUGAAGAUUAUGUAGGGGGCAGCAGGUCAGGGAUCAGGGGAAGAACCCCGUCCUCCUUCGGCCCACCGGAUGAAGCCUAUCGUGGGUCUGAGUUCAGUCCUGGUUUCUACCCUGAAGGAGACUACAUCCGGCCUGACGGCUCCCCGCCCAGAGCUCCAACCUUCAGGCUCCCUCCAGACCCCAGGUCAGACAUUGCAUUCGGGUCAAGGCCCGACCCUCCAUCCCUGCCCAACUCGCCUCCUCUAAACCUGGCUCCGCUGCCCAGAUCUCCCUACGGAGAAGGGGAGGAGGAGGACGACUUUAGGACAUGGAGGCCGGCACCACCUUUUCCUCCUUUCACAGACAGGAGUGCAGGAGGCGGAGGAGGACCCCGGAGGGUGUAUGAGCGGCGUUACGAGACGCACGCCGGUCUGAACGCCGAGGAUUGUGGGAUUCUGCACGGCUGUGACAAUGGCCGGUGCAUCCGCGUUGCAGAGGGUUACACCUGCGACUGCUACCAGGGCUUCGAGCUGGACAUGACCUCAAUGACCUGCGUCGACAUAAACGAGUGUGAAGACAGCGUGGGCCUGCAGUUCCCGUGUGUUAACGCCCGCUGUGUGAACACCGAAGGCUCGUUCCGUUGCGUCUGCAGGAGAGGAUACGUCAUGUCCCGCCGACGGAACCACUGCAUCGCUGCUUAGGCCAGGCUGGACUGCACCGGGAUCUAUUAGACCAGUAAACAGGCUGAACUGGUUUUGCUAUUGAGCAACAUAUGACAAACUAGACUGGAGCAGGAGAAAUAUUACUGCACUGAAAUAGUUCAGAUGUUUCUGAUUGCACUAAACCAGCAGAACUGUUUGUCUUGUGGACAGAUUUAAUGUCACCCUGAUCCCCAGUUUAUCCUUGGGAUAGUUUUCCACAGCAGAUACACUAGAAACACCCUCACUGUCAAUCCAAACAGGAACAACCUCACAGGCUGCCAGUUUGGUGUCACUUCUGUCCACCUUUAAAGCACCUAUCACUUGUUGCAAGCGAGUGAGCACAAGGUAGCCAACAACACAUUGGAACACGGCAGGAGACUGAUGGCUUUUUGGAAGGCACAAUUUGGGUCUCGAUGCAUAACGUCCAUCCAAGACAAAAGAUGUCAACUUGGAUUUGAGUUCAUAAAGACUAAAAUUGUGAUUUAAACAGCCCAGAUUGUCAGGAUUAGAUUAGAUUAACUUCCUGCUUGUGUUCUGACCAGCAGUUUUCCAACCUCUCACACUUUCCUCAUGAGCCAUGCAGGGGUUGUGGCAGUCUCCAUUUUCUUCACAUAAAUGCUCCACAUUUUACAGUACAAUCUUAACAUAGUCAGUUCUGUCACAUAAAGUAAAGCAAUGCUGAUUUUUUAUUAUUUCAAUGGCUUCAUUAAUUAACGUUCUUUUCCUUUCUCCUGGUGCCUCACCACCCUUUGUGAGCUUUAGCAUCUUAGCCACUAAAUAUAAGCGUCCUUUGUUGGCAUCAGGGGCAAUGAAGACUCAUCUAACAGGCAAAACGCUGGCAGAAAUUAUAUGGUUUAUUUGUAUAGAACAUUAAAAAAAACAUAUAAACAGGAUUCUGUGCAACAAAAAGACUGAGAAAAAUAUGUUUAAAAUUUAAAGUUGAAACUAAAAUAAAUAUACUAUAUAUAUGUCAUCAUAGGAAAAACUCAAACUUAAAGAUUAUAAAUUAUUAAAGAGAACAAGGGCAAAAAAAGUUACAUAAAACAA